AUGUUAGUCUCCUACUCUGAAAACCUCGAGCAAUUCCAGGGCGGAGCCGAUAUACCAGCGUCACUCACAACUGGGUCGCUUGCUGCCACUUCAACAUGCGUGCAAAUCAGCGCUUCCAGGAAGCUUACACUCCCAGCGACGACAAAUCCAGCCAGCUUCGUAUUCCCUCUUUCCGAGGAUUAUACCUUCUUUGCGCCCGUAUUACCAUAUCUCGACACGCUGAGUACAGUCGUGGAGCAGUUCGAUGGAGAACAUGUAACGGAUUGCACGUCCAUGACGAAUAUACAAGCAAUUACGAGCGAAUUGGAGUUAACUGCAACUGCAUUUACCGAGACAACAGCUGAGGCCGACGUUCUCGGGACCGUCACUGUCCCAAGCAACUCUCCUAGUGGAUCUAGCACACCACCAGGAUCUACUCAGCCUUCUCAAACCCCAGGAGUUACCUCCCAGCCUCUUCAAACUCCUGCAGUUCCGCAGCCGCCAGCAACACCAGGAAGCAAGACAGUUCCAUCAGAUACUCAAAGCGCUCCAAGCGUCACGCCGUCACUUCCCGAACUGAGCCCUCCCCAGAUCACAGCAGCGCCUGGUAUUGUGAAAUAUUCGAUGACUGCGCCAAAUGGCGCACCAAUCGUAAUAACGUCAACCAUGCAGGGGAUACCUCCUAGCGUGGUGACCUAUUCGACGACCGCACCAAACGGUGAACCAAUCGUGAUCAUGUCAGUUAUACCCGAAGCACCUCCCAGCACCGUAAUUUACUCGACGAACGUGCCAAAUGGCGAACCGACCAUAAUAACAUCAAUCAUACCUGCAAUACCUCCUAGCGUCGAGACAUACUCGACAAUCGCACCAAACUGGAUACUAACCGUGAUAACGUCAACCAUACUGCCGGAGACCGCCCCUCUAUUCGUGGUCACAAUCUCAGCAACGGCGUCGAAUGGGUCACCGGUCCUGAUAACCUCGAUAGUCUCACCUACCGCCCUAGUGACUCUCUCCACUACCGGGCCCAAUGGUGCCCCAACCGUUAUAACAGAGGUCUAUACUGGGUCUCAAGCGACGGGGCAGCUGCGAAACCGGGGCCGGCGAAUGCCUCGGGAUGGUGGGUUGUGGCAUGGGCUUUUGGCUUCGUGGGACUAG